CACCAACACCCAGUGGCACUCUGCUCCACCUCCGAGGCGCCUCCGAGGAAGCGGUCCGUCAUUGGAGACAGGGAAAUCUGUCACUCCUUUUCGAUAAAAUAGCACGUGCACGCGACGCACUCGUCGACAACUCUCUCGACAUUCUUCCGUCGACGAUUCAACGGCCUCCUUUUAGCUGCAACCGCUUCACAAGGAGACAAGCGCGAUCGACGAGAGGAUGAAGGUCACACAGGGUGCAUCAUCGGGCCCGUCUGGGUCGCGGGAGUCGCGCGUGGCGACGCACUCGCACAUCAAGGGCCUCGGCCUCGGCGAAGACGGCACCGCACUCACCGGCACGGCCCAGGGCUUCAUUGGGCAGCGGCAGGCCAGGGAGGCCUGCGGGCUCGUUCUCGAUCUCAUCCGCCUCAAGAAGUUUGCGGGAAGGGCUCUGCUGCUGGCUGGUGGUCCGGGGACGGGUAAGACGGCGCUGGCGUUGGGUAUCGCGCACGAGCUCGGCCAGAAGGUGCCCUUCUGCCCCAUGGUCGGCUCUGAGGUGUACAGCUCCGAGGUGAAGAAGACCGAGGUGCUGAUGGAGAACUUCCGUCGCGCAAUCGGCCUGCGGGUGCGCGAGAUCAAGGAGGUGUACGAGGGCGAGAUCACGGAGCUGACGCCGACCGAGACGGAGAACCCGCUGUCGGGAUACGGCAAGACAAUCUCGCACGUCGUCAUCGCGCUCAAGACGGUCAAGGGCACCAAGCAGCUCCGACUGGACCCGAGCGUGUACGAGAGCAUCAUGAAGGAGCGCGUCAGCAUCGGCGACGUCGUCUACAUCGAGGCCAACACUGGGGCCGUCAAGAGAGUCGGCCGGUCAGACGCCUAUGCGACCGAAUUUGACCUCGAGGCUGAAGAGUAUGUGCCGCUGCCCAAGGGCGAGGUGCACAAGCGCAAGGAGGUGGUGCAGGACGUGACGCUCCACGAUCUCGACAUGGCCAAUGCCAAGCCGCAGGGAGGGCAGGACAUCAUGAGCGUCGUCGGCCAGCUCGUCAAGGGCAGGCGGACCGAGGUGACGGACAAGCUGCGCGGCGAGAUCAACCGCGUUGUGGAUCGGUACAUUGAGCAGGGCCUGGCUGAGCUCGUGCCCGGCGUGCUGUUCAUCGACGAGGUGCACAUGCUCGACAUCGAGUGCUUCACCUACCUCAACCGCGCCCUCGAGUCGACCAUCAGCCCGCACGUCAUCCUGGCCACCAACCGGGGCAACUGCGUCGUCCGGGGCACCGAGUACGACGGUGGUGCCGGCUCAGGCAGCCAAGGCAUCGUCGCGCCGCACGGCAUUCCUCUCGACCUGUUGGACCGGUGCAUGAUCGUGCGGACAGCGCCCUAUGACCGUGACGAGAUUCGCGAGGUGCUACGGCUGCGCACCAAGACGGAGAGCCUCGUCAUUGCCGAAGACGCCCUCGAGAAACUGACCGACGACGGCAUGCAGAGCUCGUUGAGAUAUGCACUCCAGCUUCUGACGCCAGCGAGCAUCCUGGCGCGCGUGUCUGGCCGCUCGCAGGUGUCGUUGGCCGACCUGGAAGAGUCGCACAGCCUCUUCAUCGAUGCCAGGACCAGCGCCCACAACCUCGUCUCAGGCAGCCUGAGGGCGUCCAAGAUGAUCUAGUCACCUCUCUCUUAAGGCCUCUCGAAAACUUGUAAAAGUAGCUUACAC